AUGGCUUGGAGAUUCAAAGCUAGUAAAUACAAGAAUGCAGCUCCGAUUGUGCCCAAACCCGAGACUUACGUCAGAGAUAUUUGUGUAGGAUCUUACCAAACUUAUGGAAGUAACAUUGCUGCUUCUGCCAAGUUCAUGGCAUUUAAUUGGGACCAUGCAGGUUCUAGUUUGGCUGUGUUUCCCUUAGACGAUUCUGGCAGAAAAGGCAAGCUAAUGCCUCUUCUACACGCUCAUACUGAUACUGUGACUGAUAUUGCAUUUUCUCCAUUCCAUGAUGGGCUUUUAGCUACAGGUUCACAAGACUGUUUGGUAAAGUUGUGGCACAUUCCAAAAGAAGGAUUACAGGAAUCUCUUAGCAAUGCUGAAUGCACUUUUUCUCACAAACAACGCCGUGUAGAAACUGUUGGUUUUCACCCGACUGCAGACUUUCUUCUACAUUCUACUUCUUACACCACACUUACACUCUGGGAUUUGUUAUCUGAACAAGAAGUAUUUUCUAAUUCAGAUCCCUCAGAAGUCAUUCAAUCGGUCAGUUGGAAAAGAGAUGGCACACUUUUGGCUACAUCUGCCAAGGACAAGCAGGUUCGCAUCUUGGAUCCAAGGGUUGAAAAUUCUUGCUUGAAAUCGACGAAUUCCCACCCGGGAAUAAAAGAUUCCAAAGUAGUAUGGCUUGGUGAACAAAAUAAAAUCUUGACCACCGGGUUCGACGCUCAAAGACUGAGACAAGUUAUUAUUAGAGAUUUACGAAAUUUCGGUGAAACUGAAAAAACAUUAGAGCUCGAUUGUUCGACUGGUAUACUGAUUCCUCUUUACGACGCUGAUACUGGAAUGUUAUUUUUAGCUGGUAAAGGAGAUACUACAAUUAUGUACAUGGAAGUAACAGAUAAAGAUCCGUACCUUAUUGAAGGUAUCAGACAUUCAGGAGAACAAACGAAAGGUGUUUGCUUAGUACCCAAACGCGCUUUAAAUAUUAUGCAAGGAGAAGUAAACCGGAUUUUACAGCUCACUAGUUCUUCAAUUAUUCCAAUCACUUAUCAAGUACCCAGAAAGACUUACAGAGACUUCCAUGCUGAUAUUUAUCCUGAAACUCCAGGAUAUAAGACUGAUUUAGCUUCUUCCGAUUGGAUUCAAGGAAAGAACAUUCCAUUACAGAAAAUAUCUUUGGAUCCUUCAAAACGAGAAAACGGCGAAGAACCGAUAGUGAUACACAGAGGUUCUUUGCAACAGAUGCGGGAAGAAUUUAACGCUAAAAAGUUAAAUUUCAAGCCCGAAUUGAAACCGAAAAUAUCCCCGACCAAAAAACCCGAGCAUCAUCCAGUAAAAGGCAUCAUCAGCAACUUCGAAAAAGAAAAAGAAAAAGAAAAGGACAACAAGCAAAUCGAAGAGGAAAAAAACACCAUCAACGCCGUACACGCGGAUAAAGACGUUGAUUCACAGGAAAAGGUAAAUUGCCCUUCUAUAAUUCCCCCUAAACCUUUACCGAGGACGUCCAGAACUAGUUCGAUGUGCGAUUCUCAAUCCGUCGAUGAUGGUAAUAACGCGCCCAAGCCCGUGGCUAGACCUCGCACUAACAGUUUAGCUCCCAUUGUUACUUCUGUUAGUCCCGUCGCACCCGCCACUGGAGGAUACAAGCCAAGACUAGGCCCGAAACCGUUUACUCCUCCAAACCUCAACGAUACCGAAAACACUUUUUCGAAAGUGUUUUCGGUACCUGCGGUUCCGGGACAAACAUCGCACGGGGCAAACCCAUCCCCACCGCGGACCGAAGAAAAAGAACCAGAAAAAGUGGAGAAGGAGAAUCAAAAAUCGCCGACAGAUGAAAUUAAGGUCGAUUUAACAAAUAACAAAUCGGGAUCGAGCGGCGAAGAAGAGGCAAGCAGCGACUCUGGGUACGUUCCGAGAACGCCCAGCACUGCGGAGAGACGAAAAUUGUUUGAAAGUCGAUCCGAUUCUAAGGAGAACGAGCCCGAUGAAGGUCUCGAUUCGAUUGACUUCGAAAGGGGAGGUCAGAGGGCUAGUAUUGCAGAAAGGAGGAAGAUUUAUGAAAACAGAUCGAUUUCCGUACAAGAUCAAGGUUUGGAUAAAAAAGAAAAUUCUCCGGUAAUGCUCAGAAGAAAAGACUCGUUUAAAAACAAGAAAAACGCCGAAGACGUUCUCAAAGACGAUAAUAACAGAAAAAGUAUGCCUAUAGCGAAACAACAAAGUUUAGAUCCCGUGGGCGCUCGUAAAUCCGAAGUAUCCAUGCCGACGCCGAAGAGAACUUCUACAGUGUUUGGUCGAGUGUCGAAAUUUCGACAUCUAAAAGGUACUCCGCUACACAAAUCAUUCCACAUUGAAAACAUCAGAAAUUUAAGCAGGCAAAUACCGGGCGAAUGCGAUGGUUUCCAUGCAAAUUUCGAACGAGUAGCGGUACCUUUGAGUGGUCCAGGCGGUAAAAUCGCCAUAUUCGAACUGAAUAAAACCGGUAGAUUGCCGGACGGCGUCAUCCCGGCUUUGGUUCACGGAAACAGCGUUAUGGACUUCACUUGGGAUCCGUUCGAUAGUCGACGACUUGCCGUAGCUUGCGAUGACGGCGUAGUGAAACUGUGGAGAAUACCCGAAGGUGGUCUUUCGGAACAAACGAACAAAGUCGAGGCCGAGUUCAUCGCGCAUUCCGAUAAAAUUUAUUUUGUUAAAUUUCAUCCGACUGCCAAAGAUGUUUUGGCUACAGGUUCUUACGACAUGACAAUAAAAAUAUGGGAUUUGGCAACGCUGACCGAAAAAAUUACUCUAAAAGGCAACACCGAUCCGAUAUUCAGUUUCGCGUGGUCGCCUUGCGGAUCGUAUUGCGCUUGCGUCAGUAAAGACAGCAAAAUUCGCAUUUACAAGCCCCGUUCUAGCGAGAAUCCCAUCCGGGAAGGAAAAGGACCCGAGGGGAAUCGCGGUGCCAGGAUCACUUGGGCGCUGGAUGGGCAUUUUAUCGUCGUUACGGGAUUCGAUAAGGUGUCCGAGAGGCAGAUAUCGGCGUAUAGGGCGGAUAAUUUGGAUAGUCCGGUUAAUACUGUCGGUUUGGAUGUUUCGCCCGCCAUUUUGAUACCGUAUUAUGAUGAAGAUAGCUCUACGCUGUUUGUUACUGGAAAAGGCGAUUCGACAAUCUAUGCCUUCGAAAUAACGGAAGAGCAUCCUUACAUCUGCCCGUUAAGCCAUCAUCGAUGUAAUACUCUUCAUCAAGGUUUAUCCUUCCUCCCUAAGAACGUCUGUGAUGUCGCCAAUGUCGAGUUCGCCAAAUCUUAUAGGCUCACCAACAACUCUAUUGAGCCAUUAUCUUUUACUGUACCUAGGAUAAAGACGGAUCUUUUCCAAGACGAUCUCUUUCCGCCGACUAGGGUAACGUGGAGCCCGAUCAUGACCAGUACAGAAUGGUUUAGUGGUAAAGAAAAGGCUGCCCCUAAAAUAAGUUUAAAGCCCGACGGUAUGGAACUAUUGUCAGAGUCACAAAGUCAAUCAAAUGGCGCAAGUGAGAGAACGAUAAACAAAUCGGCAUCCAGUCCUUUUAUUGGUCUCAGUCACGGAAAAGUUGGUUGGGAUGUAGAUUCAAGCGACGUUAAAAAUAAACAAGAUGAGAUAAAGAGGUCAGUGAGUAAUAAACUUCAAGUCAAUCUGACGUUAGAACAAGAUACCAUGGAAGGAGUCGACGAGAAAGAAUGGGCGGAAUAA